AUUUAACUUGGGAAAGAGAGGAGUUCUCCUCCAGACGCGCUCAUUCUCUUCUGUCCCAGAUCAGGACCAGGCGAGUUUUCGGACGGAUUUCUGACACAGCGGGGAUAUGAAGGUUCUGAAGAACAUGCAGCAGAUGUUCGCGGGAACGCUUGACGUGUAGAGGACUUGCUCGGAACUGUCAAGAGUCUGAUUUUAUUCCGGACUUACACCGAACAUGUUCUAGUCGCGGGUUGAGGUUCUGAUUGCGCGCGGAGUUCUGCCCGCUCUGUGGAGAGACUGAGCGGCUCUCGUCCCGGUUCAGCAGCGCCUGUUCGGCGGGACGGACUGGAGCCUGUGCGCUCAGAGAGCGAGAGAGAGAGAGAGAGCGUAAAAAUAACAUUGGCUAAGACGCGCUCCAUUCCGCGGGCGCGCUGACAUUUCAAACGCCAGUUUGGGUGGCACCCGGCAACAAAACCCGAGCAGGCUGUAGAAACGGUGCCAUCCCAUCCUAUCCCGUUGCCAUGGUGACCCGCCAACAGCUUCGCUAGAGGAAAGUCCGAGGAGGAUACGCUUUUGAAGCACUUUCGCACUUGGCACGCCUCACCUGAGCGAGUAUCAUUGAAAAAAAACAGCCCAUGUCCCAUGUCAUUCCGGGCCACGCGGCCGUCUAUUAAAAGAUCUCGCUCGUGCUGUCGCUCGGACUAUUUAUGCACGAGGGCGCAGUGAGGGCCAACUCCACUCCGUAGACAGACAGAAGACGAGUCAUGGGCAGCAUCACCCGCGCGCUGCCGCUGCUACUGCUGCUCCUGUGCGCGCACGGCAACGCGGCCCAGCCCUACCUGCGCCUGAGGCCCUCGCCCAGCGAGCAUCUGCCCGUCCCGGACCUCAUCGAGGAGCCCGACCCGGAGUACGACCCGCGCGAGCAGGACCUCUCGGAGAGGACGCUGCGCAAGAAGCUGGGCAGCCACUUCGACCCCAACUUCAUGUCCAUCCACCUGCCCGCGCAGCUGAACGCCAGCGCGCCGCCGGAGCUGCCGCGCCUGCCCAUGCCCGCCGAGCUCAAGAAGCUGGACCUGACGGAGACGCCGUACGGCCGGCGCGUCAAGGUGGGCAAGAAGGCGCGGCGGAAGUUCCUGCAGUGGCUGUGGAUGUACACGCACUGCCCGGUGUUGUACACUUGGAAGGACCUGGGCGCGCGCUUCUGGCCGCGCUACAUCAAGGAAGGGAACUGCUUCGGCGAGCGCUCGUGUUCCUUCCCCGAGGGCAUGUCCUGCAAGCCGGUCAAGUCGGUGACCAAGACCUUCCUGCGGUUUUACUGCCAGGGCUUCCUGCGGCAGAAGUACUGCACGUGGAUCCCGGUGCAGUACCCGAUCAUCUCCGAGUGCAAGUGCUCCUGCUGAGCAGCGCGUGCAUGCGCCUGCGAGAGGGUUUAUCGAUUAUGAAUGAUUGCACUGUUUACCCACGGACAGGGAUGUGUGGCGCCACAUAGCGAAUCUAUUUUUUUAAAUAUAUAUAUAUAAAUAUAUAUAUAUAUAUAGCUUUUUAAUUCAAAAUAUAUGACAUAUAUGUACAUAUUUAAGUCAAAGGAAGAAGACGACGACGACGAAGAAGAAUGCAGCUAUUUUUAUUAAAGGAUCAGGACCAUAUAUUCUCAUGAGGAGCACUUCAGCUCGUGGUUAUUUUUAUGAAAUUAUUGUGCGAAGACGCAAGAGAGAACUUGACUUUCCUCAUUCGAACUCUAUUUAUAGAGACUGAAGAACACUACGUAGAAGUUUUGUACAAAUAUUAAUAUGAAUAAUGAUGAUGAUUUUAAAAAAAGGCUUAUACACGUGAAAUCAGCCUUUUCUUUCUUUUGAAAAUCAUAUAGUAUUUUAGUAAAAACGAAAUGUGUACGUUUUAUUUAUUGUUUUAACUGUUGUGAGUAUGUAUAGAUAAAGAGAAGAGAAUAGAAUAUACCAGAAAUUCUACUUGAAAACUUCUAAAAAAUGAAUUUAAGAGAGUAUUAAUAAUAAUAAUAAUAAUAAUAAUAAACAUGUCAGUGUAAAUGCCAUGGUUUUAGCAAUAAAAUCUGUUAAACUUGGACUGAGUGUAAAGGAUCUGAGAAAUAUAAGAUAUUAAAAAAUAGUGAAUAUGUUGCAGAAUGAAUGCAGAUCGUCUCCUGUUUGCCCUGCUCUAAUAACGCUGCUUUUGGUGUGGAAAUAAUCACGCCUGUUUUUCGCCGUGCGUAAAAGCGCGCUCAUGUUAACACAGCGCUAAAAUAUGAUGCAGCCAUUUUCAAACACUGUCAUUGGUGAAAUAGAGCAGGGAGAGCCAGCAGCUCCUGGCGUACUGCUUCUGGAAAGGGAAAGGGAAGGGAAGGGGGGGGGAAAAAAGUCUGAGAGACAGAAAUCUGAGCCCGAUUCUUGUCCAAAAGUCUCGGCGUGAGAAACACUGCAACCCUCUACAAUGACUGUGAACUGAUGCUGACGGUACCAGACUGUUAAUUAGUCAGCAAACACGCUGUCUGCGAGCUCAAGAGAUGCGAGACUCGUAAAAUCGCGACUCUCCGUGUUCCAGAGACGCGCGCGUGCACGCAGUGAAUCUCGCCUGUCAUUUCAGCGAGGGAAAGUGCAUGUGUGUGCGUGUUAUUGCCGAGGUUAUUGUGACAGAUACACUGCUGGUGCUGUGUUUUGGCGCAGGGUGGGGGCAGUUGUCAGCUCUGUUUCUUGAUGAUGUCUAGAGCUUUUUGGAGGAGGCUGAGAGUGUGUACGAGUGUGCGAGUGUGUGCAUGUGUGUGUGUGUGACGCGCCGGCGCCACUCGGCCGCGCACUCUGGCGAGCGCAGAAUAGAUUGAACAGUAACCCUUUCAGCCUGUGUGUGUGAAAGCCAAUCCCCGACAAACUAGCCCUCAAAACACACAGCCGUCAGACUGGCGGAGCACUUCAGCCUUCUGUGAGGGGGGGGUGUAUUCAUCAUUAAAAAUAUGACCCAAGCUGGAGUGAAUCAGGGAGUUCUUUGAGACCAAAGUUAAACACAAUGUUUUCUGUCCUUGGCAGAGGCCAAUGAGAUACCAAAUGUAGUAAAUGCUCCAAUUUGCAGUGUGCAUGGAGACUGCGCUCCGAAAACAAAGGCAAAACAACUCACUUAUCUGGGUGAAUUACAGCUAAGAACCGAUGCAGAAGUUUAAUAAUCGAUCAUCUGCGUGUCUCUAAAUAGUGCUACGGUGGUUACGGGCUCAGUGAGCUACGGGAGAAGGCUUUGGAUUUGAUUUGUUAGAUGUUUUGGUGUAGUGUGUGUGGGGGAGACGCUUCCAUUAGUCUUGUGGGUGACAUUCAUACUGUGCUUUGGGGACCACCAACAGUUGCCUUAACUCAUGAUGUGUGUGUGUGGUUACUACAGUCUGUGUGAGUCAAAGUAUAUGCAUGUGUUUGAGUUCUGAAUCCCAAAUCUGCUUCUUUUUAAUAGUUGCUUGUGUUAUUAUUCUUCAUAAUCUGCUCUAAUAAAACAGCUUUCUGAUGCAGAGCCGA